AUGAAUCCAGAGAGCUGUAAAAAUAAAUACAAAGGAAUACGUCCAGUUGAUCGGAAGGAGCAGAGCACAGAGCCUCUCAGGAUGGUGCUGGUUGGGAAGACCGGCUGUGGUAAAAGUGCCACUGCCAACACCAUCUUAGGCGAAGAACGCUUUAAUUCGAAGGUCUGUCAACGGUCAAUAACUAAAGUUUGUCAAAAGGAAACAGGAGAGAUCAAUGGCCGUCCCAUCGUUGUUGUCGACACACCAGGCUUGUUCGACACGGCUCUAUCCAACAACGAGAUCAAACGAGAACUCGUGAAAUGCGUCAGCCUGCUGGCUCCUGGACCUCACGUCUUCUUACUCAUCCUACAGAUCGGACGCUUCACAAAGGAGGAAAAACAAACUGUGGAGCUGAUCAGGGAAUUCUUUGGCAAGAAGGCGGAGAACUUCAUCAUCGUUGUUUUUACCAAAGGAGAUGAUCUCAGGAAACAAACGUUUGAGAGUUACAUAGAAGAAGGUGAUAGUUUUGUUAAAAGACUGAUAACUGAAUGUGGAGAGAGAUACCAAGUCUUCAACAACAAUGAUGACGAUCGUUCUCAAGUGAACGAGCUGCUAAACAAGGUGGAAGAAAUGAUGAAGAAAAAUGGCGGUGGCCAUUACACCUCAAAUAUGUUCGGAGAGGCAGAAGCAGCCAUACAGAAGGAAAUGAAGAAGAUACUAAAGAGGAACCAGAAGAAAAACUUUGAGGAAGCCAGAAAACAAGCUGAAGAAUUCAACGAGUUCAAGCAGAAAUACAGCGGAGAUGUUUCAGCUGUGUUGGAGGACAUGAAACAGAAGCAGCAGCAACAAAACAAUCUUUUAAUAAAGCAGCUGACGAAAAACAAAGUGUGUCAGAAAAGUUACGACGAGCUGCUGCAAAAGCACGAAGAAGAGAUGAAAGAGCUACGAUCGACGCUCUGCUUCCAGAGCGAGGAGGAGAUCAAAACGCAACUCAACGAGCUGAAGAGACUUCAUGAGGACGACAUCGACCUGUGGAUCCAGGAGCAGGUGAAGAAAGGUGAAGACAACCAGAGCUGCAGCAUUUUGUGA